AUUAUGCAAAAGAACCCGAAAACUAGAAACUUUUAGGGCAAACGAUUUCGCCAUUUGCAGAGCUUUGUGAUUCGAAGGAGUGAAGACAAUUAUGGAGGCAGGAGACGAAGGGAUUGAGAGAGUAGAGGACUCCAAGGACUUACAGCAACAGAGCAAAGCACUCGACAAACUUACCGACCAUGUCGAAGAUCGUCAGCUCGAUUCGACUCGUGUUCAAGAGGCUAUGGCUUCGAUCGCUGCAUCAAAGGAAGCUGAUUUGAAUGCUAUGAGAUUGAGGGAGAAAGAGUUGGCUGCUGUUAAGAUCAAUGCUGCUGAAGUUGACAUCAUUGCAAGUGAACUAGAGUUGGAUAAAAAGGUGGCUGAAAGAACAUUAAGGGAACACAAGGGUGAUGCAGUUGCUGCAAUAAGACACUUGCUUCAUGUGGGUAAUCUUUAAAUUCAACAUCUAUCUUGUUAUUUCCAAAAUCUUGUUAAACAUCAUUUAGUUUAUGUUACAUUGUGUCACAACUUUUAUGUUAUGCAAUUGAAUCCAAAUUUUCCUAAUUAAAA